AUGGACAACACAACAAAGGGUUGCAACAAGGAAGGGACUCGAGCUGAUGAAACACGAACUAAUGAUGAAGUGUUCAACGAUGUCCCAGACUACAAAAGAUUGAAGGUUGAAGACAUGAAGGCUACGAUGUUUAAGAUAGUAAAGGACGCGGAGAGGUUCUAUUCUGCCUAUUCCUUGGCACUUGGCUUUGGAUUUUGGAAGGAUACCAAAGGAGAGGCUGAAGAGCAUUCUCACGAGUUAGCAACUGGAAACCAGACUGCCUUCAUUCGUUCGCAUCGAAAUGUCGGCAAAUCAGACUUGGCCUGUGCAAAUACAAUGUCUAAAGUGUCAAUCAGACCUUGCCAUAUGUAUGAGUACAUGGUGGAGCAGGCGGGUGGAUAUAAGACAGUGGGAUUUAUUGAGAAGGACCGGUACAACAAGCUUGACCAACAACGGCACACCACUUCCUUCGAGAGUGACUCCGAAGGCGCACUUGCCUACAUGAAUGCUCUGGCAGCACAAGAUCCAUACUUCUACUAUAGGUUCAAUAUAGAUAUAGAAGACAGGAAGAGGCCAAUAGUUGUACUCAUAGAUGGAGAUGAAACCAUGCGUAGUGCAAUUGAAGACGUGAUGCCACAAGCAAAGCACCGUCUUUGUGCUUGGUACCUUUCCCAAAAUGCCAACACUAAUUUGAAGUGCGACAAAAAGUUGAAAGCUUUUAACAGGAACCAUUUUAUGGCUGGCAUGAGAAGCACGCAGAGGUGUGAGGGCAUGAAUAGGUUCAUCAAAGACUCUAUUAGGAGUGACAUGAAACUGGUAGAAGUCAUUCUGAGGAUGGACCGAGCAGUCGUGAGAUUGAGCAACAAUCAAGUAAGGGAUGACUUUAACACUAUGAACUCAACCCCUGUUCUUGAAACUCAGCUGAAAGACUUGGAGAAUCAUGUAGCUUCUAUAUACACAUAUGAUGUGUUUAAGUGGAUUAGGAAGGAGAUCAGGAAGGAGAGCCAAGCCACACUACGACAGGGACCAUAG